AUGCUUCAUGAUACCAAACUCCCACCUAUCACAUAUCUUAACAAAGCUCAAAUAUACCCUUUGUCAAUUGUCGAUGCAAGGCAGCCAGUAAGCAACGACAUUGUCAGAUAUCGAACCUGCAUCCGGGUCACCUUCGAAGAUUAUGAACAGUCUUCAAAACCUGCGGCUUCUUGGGCUCUGUGGAAGGACACUCGGGGACAUGAGGCAUAUCAGAAAGAUGGCAAUCUAUAUGCUAUUGAGUUGGUUGGUCUAUUUCAGGAGAAUCAAGCUAGAAUCUCGCUUGACGGAUUUUGUGUGACCUGGUACUCAGACCCAACCACCGGAAGACGAGGCUGUUUAAUGGGCGUUCGCUUCCACUUCCUUUCAACUGAUUUCAGCCACACCAAGGGUGUGAAAGGAGCUCCUAUCAAGUUAUGCGCCAAAACUGAAACCGUCGGUUCAAGUCCUUCCGAAAUAAGCUGUUGCAAAGUUAAAUUGUUCCGUGAACAUGGGGCUGAACGAAAAAUGUUCAACGAUGUCUCCCAGCUGAAGCGGGCAAUUGAGAGACGCAGACAUGAUUAUGUGAAGGCCAAAAGCGGAGGUAGUCACCUUGGCAAACGAAAACGCGGUAGUCGCUUUGUCCUUAACAAAAGCGAAAAGGAGCUCGAAGAAGAAAGGAGGGAGCAGCUCCAAAAAAGCUUGGAUGAUGAAUUGGCAAUGAUGCAAAACAGAUUCAAUUCUAACCGACCUGUGACCAACUUCUGUCUUCCCGGUAGUGAAAAGGAUGAUCCGGACCUGUUCCCAAUGAAAAUGGUAGAUGAAGAAACACAAAAAAUUGGCAAUUCGGACCAACCAAACUUGCAAGUUAUGACGCCGCCAUCGACAUCACGCAGCGCGUCGAGAAAUUUGCCAUUAAAUCCAGCAGACCACCGCACACCUAGGUCCCAAAAAGACCCUAUUACACCAAUUCCGCCCUGGCCUACGGGACAACCUGGAGUGAAACCCACCAACUCAAACCCCAAAGUACCAGUUUUAACUUCUGCAAAACAAGUUGCAUGUUUUUAUCUCCGCUUUCAAAAAAGUGAUGCGCAGCAAGAUAUUUACCAUACAGCGAUUUAUCUGACAGAGCGCACCACGACUGAGCUGAUCGCAAAGAUAUCCCAUAAACAACGCUUCAGCCAGGCCCAUAUAGUGCAGCUGUUCCAUGUCAAAAAUGGCAUGAAAAUCAUCAUUGAUGAUGAUGUAGUCCAGCGGAUCCCGGAUGGUCAGGACAUGAUCGCUGAGGUGUCUGAGAUUUCAAGCAACAGAGCCACCGGUGGUGGCUCAACUAUCGAGGUUAGUUUAGACUUCUAG